AACCUCGAAACCUCCUAGAGGUCAGGUCAGGGGUUCGAAUCCCGGCGCAAGCGAGCUUUUCUUGCAAAGUGAGUUUUUCUCUCGCUUCCGCUCCUGGCCUAGUGGAUAGCGCUAGUUCGUGUGUGCACAGAGGGAACAGAGUGCUGAACUCUUCUCGCAUUAAAAAUCGAAGGCAAAGUACCGCAGGGGGGGAGGGUAGAGAGGGGCUCUUCUGUGUGACCACGGGUUGGAGUAAAACGGCACUAGUGCUGUGAGGGCUGAUUUGAAGUGAAGACAAACAAAAAAAAAAUGUCGAUCCUUGCCCCGACGCCGCGGACACAGCAAGGAUCACUCCUAGGCCUAGACAAGCUUGCCGCUCAGAAGAAUGCCGAGAGGCAGGCGGCCCUGGAGGCGGCCGGGCUUGGGGGAAGAGGAAACGCUCGCGGGGGCGCCAAAAGCGGUAGCGGUAGCGGCGGAGCUCUGUCCUUCGCCGAUCUGGAUACCGCACCCGGGGACGACGACGGCUCCAGCGGUAACGGGGUACCGCGGGGCGACGGGACAGCGGCGCCGACAACAGGGCAGAAGGAGUCGAGGUCGCGCCCGGGACCGGACACCCCGUCGCACCCGGGUGGCGUUAACCGGGAGGCCAAGGACAAGAUCGACGAGAAGGAGCGCGCUCGCCGGCGGGGAGGAGGCGUCGCCGCCGACGUCGUCGUCCCCGCCGCCGCCGCCGCCGCGGGCGGGGGGGGGGAAGGCGGCCGGUCAGAGGAGCGGGACGCCGACGGGCGGCGAAAGAGCCGACGGUCCGACGGCGGCGGCGGGGGGGAGAGCGGAGACGACCGCCAUGCGGGGAGAGACAGCCGCAGCAGCCGGCGGGAAAGGGAGAGGGACGGCCGUCGAGAGCGAGACGAUAGAAGCAGCAGUAGCCGGAGUAGGAGCCACCGGGGGCGAGACGAUGGAAGAGGCGGGGGGCGCGACGACUCCAACGGAGACCGUAAGAGGAGAGACGGGGGCGAAGGGCCCAGAAGCAAGCGCUCCAGGAGCCCCGGCGGAAGGGGGGGUAUCUGUUCGUCGUCUGGGCGGGAUUCGGUGUCUAGGACGAGGAACAGGAGCCGGAGCCGGAGCCCGGAGAGGCGCCGGCCGCGCACGAGCGAGAGGUGGGAGGACGCCGUCACGCCGAUGUGA